AGGCUAUCUAUACAUCCAUCUGAGUCGGAGCAUCUAUCAGAAUCAGAGCACAUUCACUCUACUUCUCAUCUUUCUCCUGACUCUGCGGUUAUUUACCCUCAGCAGCUUGGCUCUAAAUCAUUUACGAAUCCAGGAAAUACCGAGCCUGGCCCUGUUGGACCCUGCGAUUCGGCAAGCAAUUACCUUGGCGCCUCUCCCAAAUCUAGUCCUGCAAUCGGUUUGGACAACUCAGCUGCAGCCUUUAUCAACUCAAUGGCCACCCAAAUGCGUGACUGCGCUGCUGCUGUCGCUGUUAACGAACAGCGCAAACGCCUCGAGGCUCGUCGACACCAGCCCGUUCAGUCUUUGUUCAGACAGAGGCAUCUGCUGAAUAUGGACCUUAAUGAUAACCGUUUGCACAGAUCAUUGACUUCUAGGCGACCUAUGCCACGGAUUAAUCUGGCUCAAAUUCCUGUCAGACUUUUUCCUGGUGAAAUGGACUCAAGCACUCCGAUUAAUGUCGAAACUGCUGGAGAGGCUAAUGACACACAUCUCGAUGAUGUGCUGACAAGCCAUUCCUGUCAUCAAUCUUCAGCCAUGCUCGAUACUAUUUCACCCUCAACUGUAAUGUCAACCUCCUCUGUUCCAGAUUCAUCCAUGAGUAGAAAUGCGACCUCGCUUAGUGAAGAUGAAAUGGCUUAUUACACUAGCGACUUACUAUUCAACACCAGUACUCCAGACAAUGCUCAGCCCCAAAAUGAAGCAAGGGAAAGAAAGCCGCUGCAUAUGACAACCGGUAGCUUUCUCAGAAAAAUAGAGUCAAGUCGAGAUAGGGCCAGAUAUAAGGUGCUUACCAAGGCCACUGAGGUUGGUGAUCUGGAUAAUAGG